AGUUGCGAAAAAGGCUGGAUCGGUGGGGGCCCACCACGUAAAAAGAAAUCCUUGAAAUUUGGCGGGGGGUUUCAUAACCGAAUGUUUCUGCUGAAGACCUGUUCCCCAAAAAGAUGUCCGAUUAUAUCUCAAUUUCUUCUUCUUCUGAUAGUUUUAGUUGAUUAAAAUCAAAUCACUCAAUUUCUUCAUUUCAUUUGAUGUUCGUUAACCUAAUUGCACCACCAUGGAUGAAGAAUACGAUGUGAUAGUACUCGGCACCGGUCUCAAGGAAUGCAUCCUCAGUGGUCUCCUCUCCGUCGAUGGCCUCAAAGUACUUCACAUGGAUAGAAAUGAUUACUAUGGAGGCGAAUCAACUUCACUUAACCUAAACCAGCUCUGGAAGCGAUUCAAGGGUGGUGAUUCACCUCCUGCAGAAUUAGGCCAAAGCAAAGAUUACAAUGUUGAUAUGGUCCCCAAGUUUAUGAUGGCUAAUGGUGCCUUAGUUCGUGUUCUAAUUCACACUAAUGUCACAAAAUACCUUAAUUUCAAGGCUGUUGAUGGAAGCUAUGUGUACAACAAAGGAAAGGUUCACAAAGUUCCAGCAACUGAUGUUGAAGCACUUAAAUCCCCUCUCAUGGGAUUAUUUGAAAAACGUCGUGCUAGAAAGUUCUUCAUUUAUGUUCAAGACUACGAUGAUAAUGAUCCAAAAUCAAAAGAAGGGUUGGAUCUUAAUAAAGUUCCAGCAAAAGAUGUUAUUUCGAAAAAAUAUGGACUAGAUGAUAAUACAGUUGAUUUUAUUGGACAUGCAUUGGCACUUUAUAAGGAUGACUCUUAUUUGGAUCAACCAGCUAUAGAUUUUAUCAAGAGAGUUAAGCUAUAUGCAGAGUCAUUAGCUAGGUUUGCAGGAGGUUCUCCAUAUAUCUACCCUCUCUAUGGACUAGGAGAAUUACCUCAGGCAUUUGCUCGUUUGAGUGCAGUCUAUGGUGGCACCUACAUGCUCAACAAACCAGAAUGCAAGGUAAAGUUUGAAGAUGGGAAAGCAAUUGGUGUGACAUCAGAAGGAGAAACUGCAAAAUGCAAAAAAGUAGUAUGUGAUCCCUCAUAUUUACCCGAUAAGGUAAAAGCAGUUGGCAAAGUAGCACGUGCUAUUUGCAUCAUGAGUCACCCCAUCCCACACACUAAUGAUGCCCAUUCAACUCAAGUCAUCCUACCCCAAAAACAACUAGGCCGCAAAUCAGACAUGUAUUUGUUUUGCUGUUCAUAUUCUCACAAUGUAGCACCGAAGGGAAAGUUCAUUGCCUUUGUGACAACAGAAGCGGAAACAGAUAAUCCGGAAACGGAAUUGAAGCCCGGAAUUGACUUACUUGGAGCUGUGGAUCAAAUCUUUUUUGAUACUUAUGACAGAUACGAACCCACCAACGAUGGUGCUGAUGAUCACUGUUUCAUUUCCACCAGUUAUGAUGCAACAACACACUUUGAGUCCACGGUACAAGAUGUGAUUGCCAUGUACAGCAAGAUUACUGGAAAGAGUCUUGACUUGAGCGUGGAUUUAAGUGCUGCAAGUGCUUCCAAUGACGAGUAGCAAUAAUGGGAGUGGGAGAUUUUAAUAAAAAAAAUUUAAAGGCUUUUUGAAUCAAUAAAUAAAAUUAGGUAAUUUCUUUUGAGUGUUUGAACUUUAUGCAUAGGAACACAUUCAAGAAUGCUUACUGUAUUUGUGCAAAUUUUGGUACUAUUCUUAGAUUUUUUUUAAUGGAAGA